AUGAGUUGUGGCAGUAGAAGCUCUACCAGCCAAGAGAAGAAGAAGAAGCAGCAGCAGCAGGAAGUUUGCUGCUUAUCACACCUGUUUUUUAAAGCAGCAACUCAAAAGCCUCAAAAAAUCGCUGUAAUUCAUGCAGCAGCACCAUCAUCAACUUUUGCUUCUGCUUCUGGUGGUCUCCAAAUCCCAAGAGAACGAAUCACUUGUACUACUCCGAUUUAUAAAGGAGACCAAUGUUUCACUUUUGCUGAUGUGUUCAACUCCGUUGGUUCCCUCACCUCUCGCCUCCGCUCCAUUCUUGAUGGUGCCGAUGAUCACCACCUUAUCAAGCCGCAAUCCCCUACAGGUAAAGCUAAUUAUCCUAGCGAGAAACAAGCCGAGACUGCGAAUGCUUGUUGCCCGAAAAUACUGGGCAUAUACAUGCCACCUUCAGUGGAAUACAUAAUUUCUGUUUUCUCAAUUUUGAGGUCUGGAGAAGCUUUCUUGCCUAUUGAUCCAUCGUGGCCGAGAGAUAGAGUAUUGUCAGUUGUUUCUUCGGCAAAUGUGGAGCUUAUAAUUACUUCUCGAUCAUCAUUUGGUAAAGGUGGUGAUGAGGAUAUUAAUGAAGAAGAUUGGCUUGUAAAUCUUAUUGGUUGUCCUGUCUUAUGUUUUUCUAUGGAAGAGAGUGAGUGUAGUGGUCCGUUGGAGUUAGCUUGGCCUUGUGAAAAUGAGAAAGAGAGAUUGUUCUGUUAUUUGAUGUACACGUCUGGAUCGACCGGGAAGCCUAAAGGCGUGUGCGGGACAGAAAAAGGUAAGCGGCCUCUUAAAUCGCUUUUGGUGGAUGCAAGAAUUGUAUCCCCUGCAUGGAGAGGAAGCUCUAUUAUUCAAAACAUCGAUAAGCUUUAUCGACCACCUGCAAGAAUUCCUCAGUGCUAUGCUUACGACAAACUUACAACUGUCCCUUCACUGAUGAGAGCAAUCCUUCCUGUUUUGCAAAGGCAACGUAGCGCGCAGAUUCAGACUUCAUUGAAAUUGCUAGUACUAAGUGGUGAAGUUCUUUCUCUGUCCUUAUGGGAUGCGCUUUCUACUUUACUACCCAGGACCUCAAUUUUGAACUUAUAUGGGAGUACUGAGGUAGCUGGCGACUGUACUUAUUUUGAUUGCAAGAGGUUGCCCAUGAUUUUGGAGACAGAGGCACUAACAAGUGUUCCAAUUGGGGUGCCUAUUUCUAACUGUGAUGUUGCUCUAGUUUGUGAAUCUGAUACAUCUAAUAAGGGAGAGAUAUAUGUUGGUGGUAUCUGUGUUUCUAAUGGUUACUAUUCUGAGUCAACUGUAACAUCUUUUGACUCUGCAAAACUACACAUGAACAACAUCUGUAACUGUUCUGUGGGUAACUGUGGAUGCCAAGCUUAUUAUAGAACUGGUGAUUUUGCCCGAAGGCUUCAAAAUGGUGACUUAGUAUUUUUGGGAAGAACUGAUCGAACUAUUAAAAUCAAUGGACAACGCAUAGUUCUAGAGGAGAUUGAAAAUAUACUCAGGGGGCAUCCUGAUGUUGUUGAUGCUACUGUCAUUUCCCGUGAAGGUCCAGGGGAGCUUUUGCUUCUUGAUGCAUUUUUGUUGUUAAAAGAGAAAGAAAAAUCUGAGGAUCUUUUUGUCAGGUCUUCAAUAAGAGAGUGGAUGGUUGGCAAAGUUCCAUUAGCAAUGGUUCCCAAUCGCUUUGUGUUCACAAAAUCGUUGCCCAUGUCUUCCACUGGAAAAACUGAUUAUGGUUUAUUAGCAAGUUCAAAUUUUCUCAACAUGCACGUCCAAGAUGAGAUUGGCGAUCACAAGACUAGUGAUCUCCUGCAAAUUAUCAAAAAGGCAUUUUGUGAUGGUCUGAUGGUUGAAGAGGUUUCUUGUGAUGAUGAUUUCUUUGCAAUAGGUGGUAAUUCCAUUUCUGCAGCACAUGUUUCCUAUAAUUUAGGGAUCAAUAUGAGAUUGCUUUAUAACUUCCCUACUCCCUCUAAGCUUCAUGCUGCUCUUCUAGAGAAAAAGGAAUCUUGCUGCGUAGAAUUGAGAAUUGAUGCUAAUUCACAAUUGAAGCCAAAAGAAGAUAACUCAGUCUCAGAUAUGGCAUGUUCUGUUAAUCCUACAACUCCUACUGUUCCGAGUCUGAGAUCAAUGAAGCGGCUGUCAGAAAGUCCUCAUCAAAAUAAUGACGAUCAUACUGUUGCAUCUAAACGCUUUAAGGAAGAUCUGGAUAUAUAUAUUUCUUCUACAUGGGUUAAUCCUAUUGAUGGACAGCCUUUGUCUAGUUCAAUAUCAAUGUCGUGUUCAUUCAGCCGGUGCAACACUGUUAUGUAUGAUGGGGAUUGCAGGUUGAGCAAAUCACAUCAAGUUAAUCAGUUGGCAAAAGUUCCGAGAAAUGGAAAAGGUUCUAGUAUGCAUGAAUUAUGGAAGGUGUACAUGGAGUCUUGUGUAGAUGCAUCGCCACUGGUUGUGGUCAAACAGCAGGAUGUCUAUCUUUUCAUCGGAUCUCAUUCACACAAAUUUGUUUGUGUUAAUGCCCUAAGAAAACGAUUCGUCUGGGCUGUUGCUGAUGCUGGUGGAGGUCUAGAUCGUGGCUCUGUCCAGUGGGAAGUCAAACUAGAGGGACGAAUUGAAAGUUCUGCAGCAGUUGUUGGGGAUUUUUCGCAGCUCUCAUGUGGCGGGAGUAUAUAUGGGUCUCCUGCAAUUGAUGAGGUGCACGAUAAACUUUAUGUGGCAUCUACUAUUGGCCGGGUGACAGCUAUAUCAGUAAAGGCUUUACCGUUUGAUACUUUAUGGAAGCAUGAACUAAAAGUCCCAGUGUUUGGGUCACUUUCAGUUUGUUCUUCAAAUGGAAAUGUUAUUUGUUGUUUAGUGGAUGGGAACAUUGUUGUAUUGGAUUUGAGUGGCUCCAUUGUUUGGAGGUCUAGAAUUGGUGGUCCUGUUUUCGCUGGAGCCUGUAUAUCUUGUGUACUUCCUUCUGAGGUAAAGGCAGAAAAGGGAGAUCUACUUUGGGAGUAUAAUGUUGGAGAUCCAAUAACGGCAUCUGCAUAUGUCGAUGAGCACUUGCAGCUGCUAGCUGAUCCCCACCUUUCUUCAGACAGGUUGGUUUGUGUAUGUACUGGUUCUGGAAGUAUACAUCUGCUUCGUAUCAACUUGGAUGAUUCUGGAAAGCAAAAUCACUCUGGUUUAAAUAUAGUUCAGGAAUUUGCAAGGUUGGAGCUCCCUGGAGAAAUAUUCUCUUCACCUGUGAUGAUUGGUGGCAGGGUUUUUGUUGGAUGCAGGGAUGAUUAUGUCCAUUGCAUUUAUGUUGAAACUCAAAGCUCAAUGUAA